GAAAAGGAUAUUAAAAAAAAAAUAGAUUCUGAUAUAGAUAUCUAUGUGUAUGGUAUAUACAUUAAAAAAAAGGGAAAGAAACUCAUUUUGUUAUUGCUCCCGAGUGAGCUUUUAUAACAAGUUGUUGUUGCCAGACUCUAAUUGGAAGAGCAACAACAACAAUAACAACAACGACAACGACAACAAUCAUAACAAUAAAGUGCGGAUAACAAGGCCAACAAAAUAUAAUAAUAUUAGAUAUUAGAUACAAAAUAAGAGAAACCCGCACAACAAAAUGUUGGCCAAUUUCGGAUUACUCAACUGGCUCAUCAGUUGGCUGUGGAUGCUGUUGAUGCUGCUCAAAGGCUUUAAUGCGGCGAUAGCGCCAACGCCACCAACAACAACAACAACUACGAUUUCACCCUCAAAUCUGUUGCCCUAUUUCGACUUUGAUGUGCCGAGAAACUUGACCGUUACUGUUGGCCAAACGGGAUUUCUUCAUUGCCGCGUGGAGAGAUUGGGGGAUAAGGAUGUCUCGUGGAUAAGGAAACGUGAUCUGCAUAUACUCACAGCUGGCAGCACCACCUACACCUCCGAUCAGCGUUUUCAGGUUCUGCGACCAGAUAACUCGGCCAAUUGGACACUACAAAUCAAAUAUCCGCAACCGCGUGACUCUGGCGUCUAUGAGUGCCAAAUCAACACGGAGCCAAAGAUGUCCUUAUCAUACACAUUCAAUGUUGUGGAGCUCAAAGCGGAAAUCUACGGACCCAGCGAUCUCAUGGUUAAAACGGGCAGCGACAUUAACCUCACCUGCAAGAUAAUGCAAGGUCCCCACGAACUGGGCAACAUAUUCUGGUACAAAGGCAGCGAAAUGCUCGACAGCAAAAACGAGAACGAAAUCGACAGCUCUAUGGCCAGGAUACGUGUCGAGGAUGAUUGGACCGAUGGCCUCACUUCUAGAUUAAAAAUCAAGCGCGCUAUGCCUGGAGACACCGGCAACUACACCUGUGUGCCGACUGUGGCAAAAACCUCCAGUGUCUAUGUGCACGUAAUUAUUGGUGAACACCCGGCGGCAAUGCAGCACAAUUCGAGCAGCAACAGCAACAGUUUCUACUGCGGCAUUUGUUGCAUGCUGCUGAGCAUCGUCUCCUGCUGCCUGCAGCAUUGGUAUGUGAGUGGAGCGACGGCCAAGACAAUGCCACCACUCUUCUUGCCACCACCAAGACAAUUGUCAACAGCAGUAACAACAACAACAGCAGCAGCAGCAACAGCAGCAACAACAACCCGCCCCUUUGCCAGAAAUCGCCUCGAUAGUCGACAUUUUGUGCAGUGUAUGAGAUGAAGGAAUAAUAAAGAAGGAAUCCCCAAGGAUAUUUUGAUGCCGAUGAUAUAAGAUUGCUAAUGAGUAUAAAGUUUAGUUAAAUUCAAAACAUGAUUGAAUCGAAUCGAAUCGAAAUGAAACGAAAUUUAUUUCGUAUCUAAGAUAAACUUGCACUUAGUGAAUAAAACUCUCUAAUUUUAAGACGAUUUCGGAUAAGUUAAGCCAAGCAGACGGAACACGAGAUCGACAAUGGAAAUUAAAACAUAAACAAAAGCCAAACAAAA